AUUUGAGUCAUCAAUACUUCGAACCUGCUGCCCGAAGCAGUGGUGUCCGCAACUUCAAUUGACACUUUCAAGAGAAGACUGGACACUCACAGAAGCACACUAGAAAAAGAAUAACAUAGACCGUAGGCCUUCUGUCCUUGCUACAUAAAUCUGAAUCUGAAUUCACGACUUUUUGACUCACUUUACAACUAUGGUGCUUGGUUCGGAAUUGACGCUACAACGUGUAAUGGUUUGUCGAGUGCAGCGCCUUAAACUAUGUUUCUAGUUUUUAUUCCAAGAUUGUUGUAAUAUUAGGUUUGUGUUAUUGUUGGUUGUUAUCGUUAACCCUUAUUAUUAAAUGUGAGUUUAUUAUGUGUGCUUGUUGGAUCAUUGAGUCACCAUUUCUUUUAUUGUUUUCUUACCCUUCUCAUUCACGUUACUCUACAUGUUUCCCUAGUUCACUAAGUACCUUCUAGACAGGCGCGAACCGCUAUUGCGAGAUAUUCGUUGAUUGUGAUAACAACUUAUAAGACAUUUCAUUCUAAAAUUAUUUUAAAUAUCUUGGUGAUAUUAAUAUUCAAUGCACGCUCAAUUCAUUAUCUGCAUCUUUUUCAGAAUAUCAUCUGAAAAAGCAGAAGAAGCAAUAAACCAGUGGUUCAGGAGGUUAUUGCACUGCAAAUAAAGGAAAAGUCCUUUCGUAUUCAGCUACAAGUCAAUUAUUCUGUUCAUAGAGUCAAAGGUCGUUGCUUUUGACUUUAAUUUCAGUGUGGAAUUGGCUACUUUUUCAGGGUUUUGUAUUCACACUAAGCUAACUUAAUGUAGGUGAAAAAGAACUGUUGAAAAGCAUAUCGAAAUCACUAUGAGAGUUUGUUGUGAAUUCUGGAGAGCAUUCAACAAUUCGGCACUCUCUCCUCCCGCUUUUGGAAAAUGGUAAUAUGUUCUCUCUUUUAUGUCCUUCAUGGAAUCGUGUUUAUGUCUUGGCAUAAAUUUACGCAGUAUGUAGACUUUAUAGACUAUAACUUGUCGAAAAUAAACAUGGUUUUUCGUAUAUGGUUCUAAAAUAGAGAUCCACCCUAGUUUUUUCUUAACUAAAAAUAAAGUAUCCUCACUUUAUAUUAGUGUGGGUAAUGUUGAGGUGGCUACAUUUUAUUGUUUUACUGCUAUUAAGGUCGCUUUUUCUGUGGAUAUACAUGUCACAUAAAGAACCUUUGAUUUUCCCAAGAUGACUUACUCCUACCAAAUACAAGUACGUCGUUUAUUCAGGAGAGUUCUUACCUUUUCUAAACCCUAUUCAGAGAAAAUUAUGGGUAAUUUGUCUUCCUUUUUGUCUAUUAAAAGUAAAUCGAUCAUUACACGUCUGAUUUUGAUUUCCUCUAGUUAUAUGUACGUAGUUUACUAGUUGGAUUCGUGUACGAUAGAACAAUCGACCGCUUACAUACAGUGUUAUCUACAAGCUUACUAUAAUAUCUAAAAAACAACGUCAGAUCGAUUUAGAAACUUUAUUUGUCAGUUUUCUGAUAGUUAAACAACAGUCCAACUGAUUUGGAUGAUUAUGUUUCAUUUGCUUCCGAAGGUAGGCGUAUAUUUGGAUGUUUCACCUCAAGAUAACUCUAAACAUAAUGUCAUGAUGACAUACUUGAAAAGCUUAUCAUGCUUAACCAAUUCUUCAAAGACACUAACUGACAGUAGUUAUCAUUUAUAUUCGUGUUGUUAAUUUGAACUUUAUACGUUGUCAGCAAUACCCAAAAUAGUUUUCCAGUACCUAAAAGAGAAUUUCAUUGAGGGUCAAAGUACCAGAGGUGAUCUGAAAUCACCCAAGGUUGUCAGCGUUAAUUAUCUUUUGGAUAUUUAUAGGAAUCUAGUCUUAGCGGAAUUUCAAACCACCAAAAAGUCGAAUAUUCGACAGCUCUUAUCUAAAAGAAGCUUUGCAACGAUGUUACUGCUUUUCAGGUUGAAGUAUGCUAACUUAGCGUUUACUGUAGAAAGGCUUACAAUACAUUAAGACUUGCAUAUUUAUAUUCAAAUCUGUAGUGUUUAUGUGUAUUCUCAGUUUACAUGUUCAAUGGAUCUUGCUUUCAUUUUUUUUCAGAUUUUAGAAACCUGAUACUUAGAGUUGAUAUCUACAUUAACCCGAGCAAUACAAGAUUUUCGGAUCUAAAUGACUUUUGAAAAACUUGGUGUAUGUCCUGAAAUUGUUGAGUUGCUAAGAGAUAAAGGAAUUAAUACACCUACGGAAGUUCAAAAAGGCUGCAUUCCAAUAAUUUUGGAAGGAAACGAUGUAGUAGCAUGUGCCAAAACUGGUUCUGGAAAAACAGCAGCAUUUUUAAUCCCCAUACUUCAAUCACUAAUGACGGAACUCAAACCAUUAUAUGCUCUAAUAAUUACUCCGACAAGGGAGUUGGCGCAUCAAAUUGGUGAACAAGCCGCUGGGUUAAAUUUAGUCCAAGGUGAACCACUAUGUAAUGUGUUGGUGAUAACUGGUGGAAGAAACAUAGUUCAUCAGAGUAUUGACUUAGCUCGAUCUCCACAUAUUAUUGUUUCUACUCCUGGACGGUUGGCUGAUCUUCUGCGCACCCAGAUAGCCGCACAAGAAGCUGAUGCUGAGAAUAGGCCAGAAUGGACCUUAUCCAGAACAAAAGUGGUGGUUCUAGACGAAGCAGAUAGACUGUUGGAAGAUAAUUUUGGUGAAGAUUUGAACACUAUAUUGAAAGCACUCCCGAAGCGUCGUCAAACGUUACUUUUUAGUGCUACAUUCAGUGGUGCAGUCAAAUCUUCCUUGGAGGCUGCAAAGUCAGUGGCCUAUGCUGAAAACAGGCGCCUCCCUAUUUUAUGGCAACCUGAAUGCAUGACUACAUGUUCAUCUGCGGGGGCCGUAACUGUCGAGACCUUAAGUCAGUAUUAUAUUCUGAUGCGCCCUGAACACAAAGAAGCAUUUUUGGUUCAUACUGUCGAUCAAUUUCUUUCUGAGAAUCCACAUUCACUUAUUAUGAUUUUUACAAAUAAAUGUAAAUGGUGCCAUCUUAUUGGACUGAUGAUGACCAGUCUAGGCAUUAAAACAACCUUACUUCACUCCUCUAUGACUCAGAAAAACCGCAUAUCUUCGUUGACUCUUUUUCGUUCUAGUCAGAUUCGUGUUCUGAUUGCGACGGACCUGGCAAGCCGUGGACUUGAUUUUCCAACAGUCGAUAUUGUAAUUAAUCAUAAUGUUCCUAUUCGACCUAAAGAUUAUGUCCACCGAGUAGGCCGGACUGCUCGGGCUGGGAAAGCUGGUUUAGCACUAACAUUGUGUGACCUUUUUGAAGUAAAACGUUUAAAAGCUAUCCAAACAUUCAUCAAUAAGGAAUUGAAGACAUUUGAUGUGAACGAGAAAAAAGUAGCUCAAAUAAUUGCCGAAGUAUCAAUCGCUCGUCGUGAUGCAGAACGCAAACUAGAUGAAAUUAGAUUCGAUGAGAAGCGUGAGAUCAACAAGGCGAAAAAUCUGAUGAAGGCCAGAACGUCGAAAAAUUUGGAUAAAACUGAAAACCUAUCUUCCAAAAUUUCUUGUAAAUAAAUUCCUUAUUUUUUUCUGAUA